AUGGCCUUUCAUUUCGCGACAAGCGAUUGGUUAACGACGCUCAACUUGUUGAUAGCUUGUGUCCAAAUCCGAGUUUGCUGUGUAGAUCGAAAGGUCUUGUAUUUGCACUAUUUUCUCCGAGUCCAUUAUCCUUGUGGAUUAUUUUCAGCGUUCAGUUUAAAUUGAUAAGAAAAAAGUGCUUGUCAAAGCAUGAAUUUGAGGCUAUAAGCGGUGUAUUUUCGAUAGUAACAUUCCAUGCUAUGAUCGACUCUGUCUACUGUGACUUUUGUGAUCUAUUUUCCACGCUUGUUCGGUUGACCAGCUCGAAAUGUCAUGCUACAGAAAUUGGUCUAGAGAGAAGAUUUUCUUUGGGGAUUACAAAGUCAGAUUCAAGAAAGAUCCUUGGUUGUACACGAGCCGCUUUAAAGACUACACAUAUAAAAACGACGAGUAUUCCUUGGAAGUUUCAAAGCUUCCAGGAUCAAGCAUUGUGGAACCCAAAACGGCGAACGCUAGGCCCUGGAGAAUGCCGAGUAUUCCUCUUCCAAGCCCGAGUUUUUCGACUGGGCGCCACACUCCGUACUAUGCUAACCCAGAUAUUCGCAUAUACGAAUUGAACCGUCGCUUGCAACAGAGAACCGAGGAAAGUGACAAUAUUUGGUGGGAUAGUUUUGUUACAGAGUUUUUUGAAGAGGAUGCAACGUUAACACUGAACUUCUUCCAAGAAGAUGGUCCAAAGAGAUAUACUAUUGGGAGAACACUUAUUCCAAGAUAUUUCAGAAGUAUUUUUGAAGGUGGUGUUACAGAAUUAUAUUAUCAUCUUGUACAUCCUAAAGAAUCCUACCAUAGUGCUACAAUAACAUUAGAUUGUGAAAAUACUACAAUGAUUACAAGCCAUGUUAAACCAGUUGAUACAAAGGUCUGUACAGAAGGAAGAUUAAUUUUAGAAUUUACUUUUGAUGACAUAAUGAGAAUACGCAACUGGCACUUUACAGUACGACAKCAUAGGGAAAUGGUAUCUCGAAAUGUAGUGGUAAUGCAAGAUCCAGGAAUGCUAGAGCAGGUCUCCAAAAAUAUUACUAGAAAUGGCAUGACAAACUUUACUCUGAAUUACUUACGGCUUUGUGUUAUAUUAGAACCAAUGCAAGAACUAAUGUCAAGACAUAAGACUUACAACAUGAGCCCUAGAGAUUGUUUAAAAUCAACCCUCUUCCAAAGAUGGCAAAGAAUGUGUGCACCACCAGAUUAUGGUGCCCAGACAGAAAUGAUGUGGCCACCAAAUGCAACAACUCCAGGAACACCAACAAAAGAAACAACUCGACCAUCUAGACAGAGAAGAAAAAGAAAAUCAUCUUCAACCCCUAAUGCAUCUACUCCAACUUCAUCUGGUAAUAGCUCAUCAAAGAAGAAAUCACCAAAUACUGCAGCAAACUUCCCUCUAGCCAGCCAAGAUGUCAUGGUUGUGGGUGAACCUUCACUAAUGGGAGGGGAAUUUGGAGAUGAAGAUGAACGGCUAAUUACACGCCUUGAAAAUGUCCAGUUUGAUGCAGCCAAUGGUUUAAGAGAAGAUCGGGAGUGUGGUGGUAGUAGUCCUUUGAGAGGAAGUCCCCAUAAUAGAAUAUGGCCAUCAGAUUGUAAGAAACCCAAGACAGAGAACUGCUCAAGUGAAUAACAACUGUAGUGGUCUUUACUGCAUCAAGCCUAAAGCUCCGUUUUCGAGAAAUGUUUUUCAUGCAAACGAUGACAACCGUGUACAUCUACGACCACUGGUUGUUCAAGUAUUGCUGAYGGAGCAGAGAAAAUAAUGACUGUCUUUACUGACUCUAAACUAAUGAACAAAUAUAUCACAAGAAUGGUUUAUUUUGACAAAUAUAAGGACUUGUAGGCUUUGUUCAGUUUAUAAUCAUUGGUCAAUUAGUGUCACAAUGUUUUAUUGUGCUGUAAAUGUGGCUUGUGUUAAAUAUAAAUAUCCUAUCAACAUGUAGAAUUAAACUAUCCACUCUUUCUUGGAAGCUUUUUUCACGCAGUAGUCCAUGUCAUAGUGAAUUUUAAUGUUAGCAAAUACACCUCGAACUAAAAAACAUAGUCUGGCUUCGUGAAGGACUACAACAUCAAAGCUAACACCGAAAGGGAGCAUGGGAAAGGAAACACGAGUAAAACAUUGCUUUAGUGCUAAAAGAUUACCAGAACUGAAUAAUAAACCGUCACGAGAGACGAUUCGUGUUUCUAAGCACUUAAAAUCCCMUUCUGUGUUAGCUUUGAUACUAGAGAGUUUUAGAUUCGCGUCCGGGAUUCGCGUUUACGGUGAACGCCAAACGUCAAAACUGAUCACGUGAUCACUGUUUUUCUGUAAUAACGACCCGUUCUUUCGCGGCGAUUGUGUAUAAAAUAGAUCAUUUUUCGUGCAUAAGCGMAUCACUAUUCCUUUCGAAGCGUUUUUACGUUUGUUUGAAAUUUUGAGACAAAUCAUAAAAACCAAUUUGACGUUUGGCGUUUGCAGUGAACGUGAAUCUAAAACUCUCUACUAUCGCCUUUUAGCGACCCSACAACGUUUUUUUAUUAAAUGAGGUGCAUGAAUAUUGAAUGACGCCGAAAAACAACUUCACAAAGCUUAUCCUGCGUCCUGCCUCUAUAGUCUCUGUUUUUGGCGGAUCACUGUUUAUUAAAUCGAGAGAAGGCGGUUAACAAUUGUUUUCGUCUAUAGCUCCCGACGGCUGAAAUAAUGAAUGAAGCUUGAAUAUGGUAAAAAUGAGAAGAAAAAACCAAGGCUCCAUUUGCUUAAUGAUAAGACGAGUAUGAAAGUACUUGACUUAUUAAAAACAAAUGUUCGAUUUA